UGUUACAAAAACAAAAAUAAUUCUGAAAAGAAAACGGAUAGGUUGCCAAAUAUAAUGGAAUUAGAUGACUCUGAUGCAGAAUCACCAGACCAACCUUCAACUUCUCAUGAUAGAGAAGAUCCCACAACAUCUCAAAAUACUUCGCAAGCACUAAGUUUACCUGGCACAAGUCAAGCUUUAGAUCAAAAUCUGGCUCGAGGUCUGGAUUUACUGAUGAAAGAACCCAAAAAGCAUGUAACUGUGAUAGCAGCCAAAACUGUAACUUUUACUCAAAAGCAAGGGGAUACUAUAAAGGCGGGUAACUAUUUUUCAAAAUGUUCUGAUAUCUCAUUCGAACAACUGAUAACAACAGAGAACCUGAAGAGUCUUCAUCCGGGGAAGGUUCUUCUUCUGCAAAUCCAGAACGAACUAACCCAAUCCCAGGUUCAAUCUCUUUGGGCAAUUCACUUUACAUGCUUCAUGGUCAACCUAUUUCCAAAUAUGGAAAUGUUUAUAAAGGAGUGAAGGUUUUUGGAACUUCUGGUCGAGGUGAUAUCGUCGUUAAAUCCUUGAAGUAUAGUGAGGAAAAUGAGAGGGAAGCAAGAAUUCUUGUUAAACUCAGUCCUCACCAGAACAUUUCCAACAUUAUCGACUCUGGGAUUUAUCGCCUUGGCCCUGUCAAGCAUAUCUUCAUAGCAAUGGAA